AUGGGGUCUUCAAGAUCGAAUGUUACUUGUUUUAGAUGUGGGCAGUUGGGACAUUACAAGUUCCAAUGCACUCAGACUCAGAUAGCUCAGGUGAUUUAUUUCAAGUGUGUGCAGUCAGAGCAUCACAAGUCCCAGUGUACUCAGAUUCAAGUGGCGUCUGGUGGGUGUUUUGGGUGUGGCCAGCAGGGUCAUAAGGUGAAGGAUUAUCCACAGUGGGGCAGUGGUUCAGGCAGGGGUAGAGGUCUACAGCAGAGGCAGAUGCAGUCUACCACAGGGCAAUGGACUCAGGGUCGUGUGUUUGCACUCACUCUAGCCGAGCCAUCAUCCAAUCUUUCAGUUGUCAGGGAUAUAUUUCUUGUGUCCCAUUCUUGGGCUCAUGUAUUAUUUGAUUUUGGUGCUUCAUAUUCAUUCAUUACUUCAUCAUUUGCACGGGCAUUGGGAUUUAAGGUCAGUCAGUUAGAUAUAUCGCUUUGUGUUGACACGCCUAUUGGGGGUUCAGUCACUCUUAGUACAGUUUGUCGGGCUUGUUCCAUUACCAUUGCCGGACGGUGUGAUUCUCUCAUUCUUGCGUUUUAUGGUGUUAGAGGUCGGGAUCGACACGGGUUAUUCUUCGCUAGCCUUUUCGCCGAGAAAAAUGUUAAGUAUUGUAGGGUUGAUUAUCCAGUGGUUGUGCGCGAUUUUCUAGAUGUGUUUCCAGAGGACUUGACUAAGUUGCCUCCACACCGAGAGGUAGAGUUUGCUAUUGAUUUGAUACCUGGUACCGCACCAAUCUCUAUGGCAUCGUAUCAUAUGGCACCGAUUGAAUUAGAAGAAUUGAAGAAGUAA